UCCUGUCCACGCUGAAUCUCUGGGAGAUGUCCUUUCACUUCUAAAGCCAUUGGCUCCUGCUUCAAUGGAAGCCUAAAAUGCUUUUCACUUGGGCUGGGAAGAAUCUUAUGAGCUGGAGAAAAUCCAAAAGGGAACGCGUCAGGCGUGAUAACAAGGUGAUCCAGCGGCCUGUUAACUCUUCUUAUAUAUUCAGGAAAUAGUCAUUCAAGCAAUGGGGCCAGAGAGACCGAGAGAGAAAGAGCAAGAACUGUGGUGCGGACAUCCUGACCAACCUUCAGCCAUGAGGAUCCUUUACCUUCUCUUGGCUGUUGUCUUCUUGGUGCUCCAGAGUGCUCCAGGAUUCACCCAGGCUCAGAACAUCAUUCAGUGUAUACGUCUUGGGGGUUCCUGCCGGAGUGGGUCAUGUCCCAGCGGUUUUGCUCGUAUUGGCACCUGCAGCGGUUCAGACAGCUGCUGUCUACUGUGGUGAUGGCUCUGCUGAUUGUGCAAGCAGGACCUCUGGGAAUUUGGGAGACGUCCCCUCAUUUCUAAAAUCACUGAAUCCUGCUGCAAUGGAAGCACCAUUCAUUGGGGCCGUAAAGAACCGCAUGAGCUGGAGAAUUUCCAGAAGAGAGCCCUGGUAUCACCCGUAAAGAGAUUCCCUCUUAAUUCAAUCAAGUUGCUUUGAAAACUCAAUGCUGAAAUGUGUGUUUGUGUCACAGUGGGUGGGGUGGGGUGGGGUGGGGCUUUUCUGCCAUUCUUCUCCAUAGAAAUUAAUUUCUUUUUUCAGUUAUAAAUAAAAUACAAAGCAUGUUAAA